AUGUAUGAAAUGAACAAUAUACUCGACAAGGGUUUGAAUGUAAAGCUAACGAAUGAAAAUAUUGUUGAAUUCACUGAGACAGGAGCUGUGUAUAAAGAUGUAGAACUACUGAACAAAAGAGCAAAGGGAAGAAGCAGGAAUAUGAACAAAGGGUGGAAACCUAUAAAAAUUUAUGUCAAUGAUGGCUCAGGAGGUUCAAACAUAAAGUAUGCAGAAAGUUAUAGAGUUUAUGCUCUCAAAGGUGAAAAGCCUUCAUUUAAGAACAGCUAUUCUAACGCAUAUCCUCAAAAGCUAACGGAUGGGGAAGUGGAUGAUAUGAAUGACAGCAAAAAUAUUAACAGAAAUGGCGACAGAGAUGCAUGGAAUUUGUUUACCAUCAGUCAAUUAAAGCAUAAGAUUUAA